CUCUCCAUGUAUAUAACCCCUCCUCUCUUCAACCAAAACCUAACACUCUCCCUCGCUCUUCCUCUUCACCUCCCCUUCAUUAUAUAUUCCAUUUUCUUCAGAAAAAAAAACGAUGAGCAGGCCUGGAGAUUGGAACUGCAAGUCAUGCCAGCACUUGAACUUUCAGAGGCGUGACACGUGCCAGCGUUGCGGGGACUCUAGGUUCGGUGAGUUUGGCGGUUUCGGAGGGAGAGUUGGGUCAUCAAUCGGGUUCAGUACUGGGUCCGACGUCAGACCUGGCGACUGGUAUUGCUCCGCCGGGAACUGCGGGGCACACAACUUCGCCAGCCGCUCUAGCUGCUUCAAAUGCGGUGCGUCCAAGGAUGACAUUGGUGGUGGUGCCUUUGAUUGUGACAUUCCACGCUCUAGAGGUGGCAACCGAUCUGGAUGGAAAUCUGGAGACUGGAUUUGCACCAGGCCUGGAUGCAACGAACACAACUUUGCAAGCAGAAUGGAAUGCUUUAGAUGCAGUGCACCGAGGGACCCUGGAAGCAGAAUCUCGUAUUAGAUAUAAUAAUACUUCAUUUUUGGGCAACGAAGAGAGAAGAUCGAGCCGUGAAAUAUUUGCAUUUUCUUUAUAUUAAUUAUUAUUUGUUUUUGGGUGCUAGCUAGGGUUUUCUUAAGGUGAAAAAUGUGGUUUAAAAUUAAUCAAUGUUCAUCACUUUGGGAAAAUACCCAAUUUAUGAUUAUUUUGUUAGAUUUUUGAAUUCCCAUAAAAAAUUAUUGUUAAAGCAAGCAAUGUAGCCAUUUUGUGUUGCUUUAGUCUAAAUUCAAUAUCCAUUUGCAUUUGUCUUUUUUGUUUCA